AUGAAGGUCCAGACAGCCUCCCCGCCGCCCCCUAAUGGCCUCUUCCCACUCCCCUCCAUCGCCAUCCUGGCCGCCCACAUCAUCACGAUGCACCCAGAGAGCGCUAAGAGAGACAGAGCUGGCAAACGGAGCUGCACACGUGCCAACGCCGCUGAGCCCCAACCCUGCAGCGGUCUCUGCAGCAGGAGGUAAUAACCCUCAACAUGACCUGACUCGGCAUUUAUUCACUUAAUGUAAAAGAAACGGCGGCACAUCCACACCUCUUCCUGUCCUUUCACAGAUUUCAGAUCACCCAAAUCCACGCCGCAGCCCUCAGGUCCAUCUGUCUGUCUGCUGACUCAGCCUCUGCGGUCCUCAGGUGUCGUGUUUACCAUCAAAUAACAGCGAGAGGAGGACAGGAAACAAGGACGCAGGUUACAUCAUGUCGUGUUUCUUUUAUCUCUUCACGUUAA